AUGGACGGCAUCAGGACUCGUGUGACUCAGUCUCCCUCAGGGGGCGUGGUCGAGGAAGUGGGCGGAGCCGAGAUGGAGGAGAUGAGGCUUGUGACAUCAGAGGAGGAGGCGGGGCCUUACAGUGAGAUCACAGCACUGAUGCAGCUGCAUCGCCAUGGUUACCGGAGAGCCGGCCUGUUCCUGUGUGCGUGCGUCGUCAUCGUCUUUUCCACCGCGUUCCUAUUGGCCUACGCGGUGUUUGCUGGGCGCUACCACUGCCCCCCGGUGCAGGAGGAUGAGGAGUGGGAGGGCGGGGCUAACCCCCCUGCAAGGGGGGGGGCGGGGCUUUACCUGGGAGAGCUGAGGCUGAUGAUGAGGAAGCUGCUGCAGGAUGAAGAUAUCUACAACACCGUCAGUCGAGUCAGCAGAGCGAACCAUCCUCCAGGCUCCUCCGACGGGACGUCUCUGGCCUCAGACGUCCUGCGGCGCCUCAGACUGCUGCAGAUGGAUCACACCUGGACCGAGUCGCUUUACGCCACGCUGCAGUUCCCCCACAGGUCUCAGAGGAGCUCUCUGUGGCUGGUGGACUCUGCAGGACUGAUCUCAGAGCAGAUUCCUCUGAACCCAUCUGACUUCUGUCCCUACAGCGCCACAGGAAGUACCACGGGGGGCGUCGUCUACGCCAACUACGGCCGCCCGGAGGAUUUUAAUUGGCUGAAGAGCGCGGGCGUGUCCGUGGUCGGCUGCGUGGUGGUGAUGCGAGUCGGGGGCGGGGUCAGUUUCGCUGAGAAGGUCUGGUUGGCUGAGAGGAGCGGGGCAGGCGGAGCUUUGAUCUACCCCGACCCCGCCGACCUGCCACAGGACCCCCGACGCCUCGGACUGAACGCACACACUGCCGUGUCCGAACAUGUCCAUCUGGGGUCAGGUGACCCCUUCACCCCCGGCUUUCCCUCCUUCAAUCACACUCAGUUCCCACCCAUCCAGCCCUCCGGCCUGCCACUCAUUCCGGCCCUGCCAGUCAGCGCCUCUGUGGCCGCCAAGCUGCUAAGCCAGCUGUCCGGUCCCUCCUGUCCUCCGUCGUGGCGCGGGCGGCUGCCGUAUGUGCGCUGCCUGGUCGGCCCAGAGUUCAGCUCCGGACGCAGAGUCAAGAUGGCGGUCCACAACGUCAUGACGCCGGUCCUGCUCAACAACAUCUUCUCCUCUCUGGAGGGCCGAGUCGAGCCAGACCAGUACAUUAUCCUGGGAGCGCAGAGGGACUCGCUGGGUCCCGGAGCCGUGAAGUCCGGAGUCGGCACAGCGAUCCUCCUGGAGCUGGCCCGAACUUUCUCCGCCAUGGUGAAGAGCGGUUUCAGCCCCAGACGGAGUUUGCUGUUCGUCAGCUGGGACGCCGGAGACUUUGGGAACAUCGGAGCUACUGAAUGGCUAGAGGGUUACUUAUCCAUGCUGCACCUGAAGGCCGUUGCCUACUUCAGUCUGGACCAGGCUAUCAUGGGUGAUGAUGUCCUGUCUGCCUUCACCAGUCCUCUGCUGGUCGACCUGCUGGAUGCUGCCAUCAGACAGGUGGAGCAUCCUAAGCAUGCGGGUCAGACCAUCUACAGCCAGGCAGAGAGAGAGGGAGGCAGCUGGAGGAUCAUGAAGCCGCUGCAUCUGAACAGUGGAGCGUACAGUUUCACAGCGUUUGCAGGAGUCCCAGCUGUGGAGCUGAGAUUCACUGAGGAGCGAGCGUACCCGUUCGUCAACACGCCGCUGGACAGCGCCUCCCGCCUACAGGAAGUGCUGGGGGGUCGUCUGGGGUUGACGGGGCGCAGCUUAGGGGAGCUGGUGGGGGAGAUGGUGCUGCGACUGGCCCACGACCACAUCCUGCCUCUACGCAUCACUUCCUACGCUCACACGGUGCUGCAGUUCAGCGCUCAGCUCAACAAACACUCUGCAGAGCUGCAGUCUAGAGGUUUGUCUCCUCAGUGGGUUUUCAGUGCCAGAGGAGAUUACAGCCGAGCGGCCGAGACGCUGCAGAGAGCCAUCGACUACAGCGACCUGCACGACCCGGCCACGGCUCGCUCCUACAACACUCGCAUCAUGAAGGUGGAAUACUACUUCCUGUCUCAGUACGUGUCCGUGGUGGAGACGCCGUUCCGUCACGUGAUCCACGGCCGCGGCGACCACACUCUGAGCGCGCUCACUGACCAUCUCGCCCUGCUGACCUCCGACCCCCAGCGCUUCGACGAGACGCGCUUCAGACGGCAGCUCGUCCUCUUUACCUGGACGCUGCAGGGAGCCGCCAACGCACUGAAGGGAGACGUGUGGAGCAUACACAACACACACACACACUGACACACACACACAGACACACACACUGACACACAACACACACUGACACACACACACACACACUGACACACACACACACACAGACACACACGCACACACAC